GGAGAAUGAAAGCAGUGUUUUACCUGGUCACUGAGAAGGUAACAUGAAGAAAUACAAGUUUGUGUUGUCCUUAUUUCUGUUGCUGAGUGAAAGACCUCUCUGCUAUGGCUCUGCAGAUGCAGUGGAAGGCGAGGAGGCUUCAGGGGAUAAUCCAACAUUAUCUACUAUCACGGUAAUAGCAGAUACCACCACAUCUGCUGUAUUUUUGACAAGUGACCAGGAUCUGCAUGCUGCUACUAUGCUAACAGAAACUGAGAAUUCUGAAAUGGGAAGCACUUCCACUACACAAAUAACUGAUUUGGAACCAGAAAGUCUACAUCCUGCUGUAAUAUUUGGAGUCCCUGCAGCACUGCUGCUAGUCCUAUUGAUUUUGCUGGUCAUCUUUAUUGUAAGACGCCACAAGCAAAAACAAUUGAAACAAGAUGAACUAGGAAGUGAAAACUGCAAAAGUCCUAUCUUUGAAGAAGACACACCCUCUGUGAUGGAAAUAGAGAUGGAAGAGCUUGAUAAAUGGAUGAACAGUUUAAAGCGAAAUGCGGAAAGUGAAUAUUUGCCUCCUGUGAAGGAAGAGAAAGACUGCAAUGCCAAUCCAAGUGACUGCGAAUCUUGAGGUCAAGACGGCAUUAUAUGGAUUAAUGGAAGAGAUAAAUGAAUCUUACAGAUCUUGAGAUCCUGGGCAAUCUGCAUAUGAAUCUCCUUCAUCUCAAAUAGUAAAGGGUAACAGUGCAUCAUCUCCUUUCCUGCUGUAUUGUUCUAUAUCGUGACAACUUCAGUUCUGCAAAACAAAAAUCCUGGAAAUAAUAUUUAUUGUUGUGAAAUUCAGGAGUGCAGAGAGAACAAUUGCCUUUUAGCUUUUUCUCAGAGCAAUUUGUUUCUUCCCUUGAUCAAUCAUAAGAGUAUGGUAUAUCUCUUUUUUUCCCUCUGUAAGAUUGUCCAUUACACUAAUAUUCCCAAGUAGUAAGGUCACGGUGCCCUUGACUCUGAAUUUCUUUUCUCUGGUGUGCUUAAAUCACAGUUGUGAAAUAUAAGGCAUGCCAGUGGCAUUUCAUUUUCUUUUCUCGCAGUGAUGGUGAUACCUCUCUCAGAUUUGUACUGAUGAGAACUGCAGAGAAUGUGCAGUGAUUCUAGACAAGAAUGUAGCAUGGACAGCAUUUCAAAUAGCCAGGAGAAGCCAGAGGAGUAGGGAUGAGGAGAGAGUCAGGAGAGUUUCCAAGGCUUGUAUCGUGUUUGUGUAGAAUGGAUCAUUAUAUAUUUUUGAAGGUGCUAGUUGUAGCUGAAUGGAAUUACUAAUUGACUGUCAUUGCCUGGUUUGUUUUUAAGAAGCCAGAAUCAGGUGUGAUGAGAUGCCUGAGAAGGCUGUGAAGAAGCAAUACAAUAUGAACAAGCAUGUGCUUGCGAGAUACUCCAACUUUCAUUUCCAGCAUAUACUGCUGCUUUUAAACUCCUACUGAUACUUUGCGUAUUUGUAACACUGCAUCAUCUUUUAACAUGCACCAGGCAAGAAUACUAGAUUUAAUAAAGUUGAUCAUGUGCCUUAAUAACACUAGUCACAAGUCAGUUUUAAGAUUACUUGUGCUACAGGACAUAAAUGAUCACCUACUGAUCAGAAUAGGGAAGUACUUAUUUAAAAAUUCAGUUCACAGAAUAAGCCAACAAAAAUAUCCAUGCUAGUAUGCCCUGUCCUAACUAUUUUCCUAUGAGCACAACACGUUUGAGAAUUAUUCACUAAUACUGAAUAAUUAGUGAUGCAUGAAGCAUGAGGAUGACAUACAGUGGACCCUUGUUAUACGCUGGGGUUUGGUUCCAAGAUCCCCCGUGUAUAACAAAAUCCAU